AUGCAAAGAUGUGCAUGUCUGAAAAGUGUGGCUGCCAGUGUCACAGCUUCGCAGAAUCGAAGAUAUAAACAACUACAGCCUAGACAAGACCUGGCACCUCGUCUUUGCUACCUUUGUUUGGCAUGGCUGGCCUUCUCUGCCCCUGUUGGGUAUUGCAUCUUCCACAAUACGACGGCUACUCUGUACUACAUGUCUGACUGUCUGUCGGCUCUCCUGGAAAUGAUCCUGUGUGCACUGACUGGAGGAGGGUACUAUGACGAGGCCUGGAGGAAAGUGCUUGAUAUACUCCUCAAAGAAUACACAGAGAAAGAAAGGGAAGCAUUAAAGAUAUUGUCACUUAAAGAAGAAGCCACACAAGAAGACAUAACUCAAAGUUAUAGAGAGCUGGCUAAGUCCUGGCACCCGGACCAUAACUCCAGCAAGGACGCUGAAGCAAUGUUUUUGAAGAUCCAUGAGGCUUAUCAAAUCUUGAUGAGGCGUUACAAACCCAACAGAUUUAGAUAG